AGGAGAAGGAGGCGGCGGCGGGAGCGCCGCUUCAAUUGAGGCCGGGGAUCGAGCGCGGCCUACGGCGGGGCCUGGCCCGCCCCCUUUGCCGAGCCCGGCCCGGCGAGGCCCUUUCCCGCCGCGCUUCCUCCGUUACGCGUCCCGGUGGCAAUCGGUCCGAUACGGCGGGGAAGUUAGAAUGGAACAGACUGACGGCCCUAUGAGAAAAAGGGAAAGCUAAGGAUGCUGGAGCAGAACAAUGGAUUUCUCCUUCUCUUUCAUGCAAGGGAUCAUGGGAAACACAAUUCAGCAACCACCUCAACUCAUUGACUCGGCUAACAACCGCCAAGAGGAUGCUUUUGAUGCCAGCAGUGACAUCACUGAAGAUGGUAGUCAGACGCCAUAUGAAGCUGCUCUUGCCUUGCAGCAAGGUUUUCAGUACCCUACGCCAACAACGGAGGAUCUUCCACCCCUCAUUAAUGGAUUUCCACCAAUUGGCAUGUAUGAACCCCAAGCCAAAUAUCAGCCAUAUAGUCAGUAUCCUAAUGGUUCAGCCAAUGGCUUUGGCACUGUUAGAAACUUUAGUCCACCAGAGUAUUACCACAUGGAGAACUCUAGCAUAAGGCCACAUGAAAAUCUGGAAAAACCAUCUCCUCCACAGCAGCCACCUCCUUCAGUAUCCCAAACGGUGAUUCCAAAGAAGACUGGUUCACCAGAAAUCAAAUUAAAAAUAACCAAAACUAUCCAGAACGGCAGGGAAUUGUUUGAGUCCUCUCUGUGUGGGGACCUUUUAAAUGAAGUACAAGGAAGUGAGUAUACGAAGUCAAAACAUGAAGGGAGAAAAGAGAAAAGGAAAAAAAGUAGCAAACAUGACUCUUCCCACUCAGAAGAGCGCAAAUCACAUAAAAUUCCAAAACUGGAGCCAGAGGAACAAAAUAGACCAAAUGAAAGGCUGAGCACAUUGUCUGAAAGACCAAGGGAAGAAACUAAGCUGACAGAUGAAACCCUGAUCCAGCAGAUCUCUCCUCCUCUUCCAAUGCAAGUAGCAAGCGAUAUCAAGUUUGAGGUUGGAGAUCUGGUCUGGUCCAAAGUGGGAACAUAUCCUUGGUGGCCUUGCAUGGUUUCAAGUGAUCCACAACUUGAAGUUCAUACCAAAAUUAACACAAGAGGUGCACGGGAAUAUCAUGUCCAAUUCUUUAGCAACCAGCCUGAGAGAGCAUGGGUGCAUGAGAAGCGGGUGCGAGAGUACAAAGGACGUAAACAGUACGAACAGUUGGUGGCAGAGGCUGCUAAGCAAGCCAACCACUCUGAAAAACAGAAGAUUCGCAAACCAAGGCCACAGAGAGAACGUGCACAAUGGGAUAUUGGCAUAGCUCAUGCUGAGGAAGCACUGAAAAUGACUCGAGAAGAGAGGACGGAACAAUAUACCUUCAUCUAUGUAGAUAAAGAGCCAGAAGAGGCUUUGUCAAAAGCCAAGAGGACUGGUGCGCCUAAGACCGAGGUGAAAAAAACCCGUAGGUCUAAACCAUCGCCUAAUGCGCAGCCAGAACACACCAGUGAGGUUUUGGCUGUGUCCUCUCCAUCCAAUACUGAAGUCCAGAGGAAUAGUCAGAGAAGGCCGUCAAGUGUGGAUGAAGAGCCCCCUCCUGUUAAAAUAGCAUGGAAAACGGCUGCAGCCAGAAAAUCCUUGCCAGCAUCCAUCACCAUGCACCAGGGAACUUUGGACCUUCAGAAAUGUAAUAUGUCUCCAGUUGUUAAAAUUGAACAAGUGUUUGCUCUACAGAAUGCUGCUGGGAAUGGAAAGUUCAUUGAUCAGUUUGUUUACUCUACCAAGGGUAUAGGAAACAAACCUGAAAUAAUCAUCAAGGGGCAAGACAAACUCACUUCUGUCUCAAACCAGCGAAACGAAAGAGCCUCCUCACAAAGUGCACCCUCUCCCGAAACAUCUUCUGGGUUGGCAAGUUCUGUAGAAAAGAAGCAACAGAGAAGAUCAAUACGAACUCGCUCAGAGUCUGAGAAAUCCACUGAAGUUGUGCCAAAGAAGAAGAUCAAAAAGGAGCAGGUAGAAACAGUCCCGCAGACAACAGUGAAGACUGGAUUACAGAAAGGUGCCAGUGAGAUUUCAGAUUCUUGUAAGCCUCUAAAGAAAAGGAGUCGUGCCUCAACAGAUGUAGAACUGACUAGCUCAGCAUACAGAGAUACAUCUGACUCUGAUUCAAGAGGUCUUAAUGAUCCACAGGGUAGCUUUGGAAAACAGUCAGACAGCCCUUCAGCUGCAGCAGAUGCUGAUGCUUCUGAUGUACAGUCCGUGGACUCAAGUUUAUCAAGAAGAGGUUCUGGGACAAGUAAGAGAGACACAAUAUGUCAGAUUUGUGAAAGUUCUGGUGAAUCUCUGGUGUCCUGUGAAGGAGAAUGCUGCAGAGUCUUCCAUACAGAAUGUCUAGGAUUGAGCUCACAGCCUGAUGGGAAGUUCGUCUGCCUGGAGUGCAAAAAUGGACAGCAUGCGUGCUUUUCCUGCAAGCUGCCUGGCAAAGACGUGAAACGCUGCUCUGUCAAUGCCUGUGGCAAAUUUUAUCACGAGGUCUGCAUCCGCAAGUUUGCUACUGCUGUUUUUGAGUCCCGAGGAUUCCGUUGCCCCCAACACUGCUGUACUGCCUGCUCCAUGGAGAAGGAUAUUCAUAAAGCAAGCAAAGGUCGCAUGGUGAGAUGUUUGAGAUGCCCUAUUGCCUAUCACUCGGGAGAUGGCUGUAUUGCUGCAGGAAGUUUGUUUGUGUCAUCCCACAUUCUCAUCUGUAGUAACCAUUCCAAAAGGAGCAAUCACUCUUCAUCAGCUGUAAAUGUAGGCUUUUGUUUCGUUUGUGCAAGAGGGCUGAUAGUGCAGGAUCAUUCAGACCCCCUGUUCAGUUCAUAUGCCAAUAAGUCCCACUACCUACUGAAUGAAUCAAAUCGUGCUGAGUUGAUGAAAUUACCUAUGAUUCCUCCUUCUUCGUCAGCUUCCAAAAAGAAAUGUGAGAAAGGUGGGAAACUGUUGUGCUGUGAAUCAUGUCCGGCGUCCUUCCACCCGGAAUGUCUCAACAUCGAGAUGCCAGAGGGCUCCUGGAACUGCAAUGACUGCAAAGUGGGCAAGAAGCUACGGUACAAGCAGAUUGUUUGGGUCAAGCUGGGAAACUACAGGUGGUGGCCAGCUGAGAUCUGCAAUCCCAGGUCUGUUCCUCUCAACAUUCAGGGCCUCAAACAUGAUAUCGGGGACUUUCCAGUAUUUUUCUUUGGUUCACAUGACUACUAUUGGGUACAUCAGGGCAGAGUAUUCCCUUAUGUUGAAGGAGACAAAAGCUUUGCUGAGGGGCAAACUAAUAUUAACAAGACCUUCAAGAAAGCACUUGAAGAAGCAGCAAAACGCUUCCAGGAACUGAAAGCACAAAGAGAAAGCAAAGAAGCACUUGAAAUUGAAAGGAACUCAAGAAAACCACCUCCAUAUAAACAUAUUAAGUCCAACAAAGUGGUAGGGAAAGUUCAGAUCCAAGUUGCAGACUUGUCAGAAAUCCCUCGAUGUAACUGUAAGCCAACUGACGAAAACCCUUGUGGCCUGGAGUCAGAGUGUCUGAAUCGAAUGCUGCAGUAUGAAUGCCACCCCCAGGUUUGCCCUGCAGGAGAGCGCUGCCAGAACCAGUGCUUCACCAAAAGACUCUACCCAGAAGCAGAAAUUAUAAAAACGGACCGGCGCGGCUGGGGUCUGAGGACAAAACGGAGCAUUAAGAAGGGUGAAUUUGUCAACGAGUAUGUUGGUGAGCUAAUUGAUGAGGAAGAAUGCAGAUUGCGAAUCAAACGAGCACAUGAGAACAGUGUGACCAAUUUUUAUAUGUUAACUGUUACAAAGGACCGUAUAAUAGAUGCUGGUCCCAAGGGAAAUUACUCUCGCUUUAUGAACCACAGCUGCAACCCCAACUGUGAAACUCAGAAGUGGACAGUGAGUGGAGAUGUCCGAGUUGGGCUCUUCGCUCUCUGUGAUAUUCCUGCAGGGAUGGAAUUAACGUUUAACUAUAAUUUGGAUUGCCUGGGGAAUGGCAGGACAGAAUGCCACUGUGGAGCAGAUAAUUGCAGUGGAUUCCUAGGAGUGCGGCCAAAGACGGCAUGUGCAACAGCAAAUGAAGAGAAAGCAAAGAAUGCAAAAUUAAAGCAGAAGAAGCGGAAGAUAAAAACAGAGCAGAAGCAGAUGCAUGAGGACAACUGUUUCCAGUGUGGAGAUGGGGGUGAAUUGGUCAUGUGUGACAAAAAAGACUGUCCCAAAGCAUACCACCUCCUCUGCCUUAACUUGACACAGCCACCCUUUGGAAAAUGGGAAUGUCCGUGGCACCAGUGUGACAUCUGCAGCAGCCCUGCCUCUUCGUUCUGUGAGUUCUGCCCCCAUUCUUACUGCAAGGAUCAUGAAAAAGGGGCCCUUGUGGCCUCUGGCUUGGAUGGGCGUCCAUGCUGCUCUGAACACAACCCCAAGGCUCCUGUGGCACCAGAGUAUUGGAGCAAGAUCAAACGCCGAUUGGAACAGCAGAAUCCUGAGGAAGAUUCGAAGGAAUAAACUUUCCUUUCCUUAAAACAACAACCCACCUUGCCCCCUGCCCCACUGAGUGGCACAUUAUUGUGAAUUUGGAUAAAGUGCCAUGGCACCCUCCGUUUUUGUCUUUGGAGUGGCUUCCCUGGAACUCAGACAGGGGCCACCUGAGUCUGUGUGGCCAUUGGCAGCUUGCAGCAUCUGCGCUCCAAUCCAUUUGCCCUUGAGAAACAGGAAGAAGUGUCUUGGCAACCUUUUGUUGUUAGAAGAGGAAGCCUUUCUGACAUUUUUUUGUGGGGGGAGAGACAUCAUGUUUAAAGUAUCUUCUCUGAGUGUAGAAACCAAACAUAGCAAAAUAUUUAUUUAUUUAAAUUUUAAUGGACUUUGAGGAUUUUGGGUCCUACUACGGUCA